GAGGAGGGGGAAGAGUUUGAUGGAGAUCAUGCACCUUCUUUCCAAUUGACACCUUCUAAUCUUGCCAUCAAGCUAUUCUCAAUUCUCACUUCCUCUAAAUAGCCCAUGCUGAUUUCUCUGGUCAAAUGAAUCUUUUCUUUGGAUUCUGCUAUAGCAUAGAGAGUACAAUUGAGAUUUGAAUGGAUAUUAUCUUAAAUGUUCUUUAAACGUUUCUUGGGUAUUUCCUUGCAUUCCCAAUGAGAUUCAGAGAUUCUUAUUGGCAAAGACCAUUUAUUUUUCUUUUUUUUUCUCCCAGCACAGUUCUGGUCACAUAGAUGCAUAUCUGUAAAUUGAUCUAAUAAAUAAAUACUGACACAUGGAAGGUUUUAUCUGCACAGAUAACAAGAACUACAAGGGAUGGGAAAACCAAGCAGAGUGAACCAAACCACUGUUUCAGACUUCCUCCUUCUAGGACUCUCUGAGCGGCCAGAGGAGCAGCCUCUUCUGUUUGGCAUCUUCCUUGGCAUGUACCUAGUCACCAUGGUGGGAAAUCUGCUCAUCAUCCUGGCUAUCAGCUCUGACCCACACCUUCAUACUCCCAUGUACUUCUUUCUGGCCAACCUAUCAUUAACUGAUGCCUGUUUCACUACUGCCUCAAUCCCCAAAAUGCUGGCCAACAUUCAUACUCAGAGUCAGACCAUCUCCUAUUCUGGGUGUCUUACACAGCUAUAUUUCCUCCUUAUGUUUGGUGGCCUUGACAACUGCCUGCUGGCUGUGAUGGCAUAUGACCGCUAUGUGGCCAUCUGCCAGCCACUCCAUUAUAGCACAGCUGUGAGUCCCCAGCUCUGUGCACUAAUGCUGGGUGUGUGCUGGACGCUAACCAACUGUCCUGCCCUGAUGCACACACUGCUGCUGACCCGCGUGGGUUUCUGUGCCCAGAGGUCCAUCCCCCAUUUCUACUGUGAUCCCAGUGCUCUCCUGAAGCUUGCCUGUACAGAUACCCAUGUAAACGAGCUGAUGAUCAUCACCAUGGGCUUGCUGUUCCUCACUGUUCCCCUCCUGCUGAUCAUCUUCUCCUAUGUCUGCAUUUCCUGGGCUGUGUUUGGCAUCUCAUCUCCUGGAGGGCGACGGAAGGCCUUCUCUACCUGUGGCUCUCAUCUCACAGUGGUUCUGCUUUUCUACGGGUCUCUUAUGGGUGUGUAUUUACUUCCUCCAUCAACUUACUCUACAGAGAGGACAAGAAGGGCUGCUGUUCUCUACAUGGUGAUUAUUCCCAUGCUAAACCCAUUCAUUUAUAGCUUAAGGAACAGAGACAUGAAGGAGGCUUUGUGUAAACUUUUCGGCAGUGGGAAGACAUUACUUUCAUGAUUAGAUAUCUAGAUGGUGAUGUCUAAUCUUGAUCAACCCCUACCUGUUUUCCAUCACUUCAGUAAUUCUACUACUGGCAUAUUGAUAUUAGGAGAAGGUUAUCAGUUGACUCUGAGUUAGGGAUGCAACAAAAAGAAUGUUUCAUUCUUUUAUUAGGCUGUGGAAUGAGAUGCUCUGCCUCAGCCUCUUUCCUAACCCCAGUGAGGCAACCAUUACUAACAGAAAAACCACUAUUCCCCCUCACAUCUCUAAAACCAGCAUAUCAGCUAUAGUGAACAGGGCAUUUGUUAUGAGGCUCUGGAGCCGAGUGAUUCUACCCCAGUGAGGCAGGCAUGGGAUGAGGUAAAGGAAUGAGAACACAAACAUUUAUUGAGUAUCCACAAUGUUCCUCAUUAUUCCUCAUAUCAGUUACUUGAGGUAGAAUAGUGAAAACUGGGAAUUAGGAUGUUAAAUAACUUAAUGAGUCAGUUUGAUUCCAGUAUCUACCCCCUUCUAUUUUACCACUUUGUGAAGAUUAUGACAAGGAAGGUGUGAGACCAUAUCUAAGGUUAAUAUUAAAUGAUAACAAUAGGAGAAAAAGAAAUUAAUAUAUGUUAUGGUAUUCCCUAUUUCAUUUCUUUAACUCAAAAGCACUCUUCUGUUGUAAUUAAUAGAUGAAACAUAAUCAAUAUGUGUUGUACACCUACUAGUGCCAGUUUUGUACUCACUCUCCAUUCUCUGAAUUCUUUCAUAAAAUAUUCUAGAAUAAAAAUGAUAAAUCAAGCAUGCUGGAAAUUUUUAGGGCAAUAAUUU